UUGGAGUAAGAGUGGGGAGCGACUGACUCUGCCCCGCCCUGGCGGAAACACGCGACGUUAUCAGCCUGUGCGUGUGUGCACUGUAGUGAUAACUGUCAAAAGUACAGGGUAGUUAACAUCAACCAGGAGAGUCCAAUGGUCAGAAACGGCUGACGUCGACGAGCGACUCCAGCUGUGUCUGCUGUGGACGGAACCAGGUCUGAAUGCUGCCUGCGUUUUACGACCUCUGAGCUCAACUACAGGGACUGGAAUUGUUAGUAAAAAAAACAACAAAGUUUGCUCAGAAAAGGCAGUCAUGUUUGGACAACCAGGCUUCGUGAGUCCGUUCCACAGACCUCGGUGUUUGGCUGCUGCAGCUCCGGCGACAGGGAAAGCCAAACUCACUCACCCCGGCAAAGCCAUCUUAGCAGGGGGGAUAGCCGGAGGCAUUGAGAUCUGCAUCACUUUUCCCACAGAGUAUGUAAAAACACAGCUGCAGCUGGACGAAAAAGCAAGUCCUCCAAAGUACAAGGGCAUCACGGACUGUGUGAAGCAGACAGUGAACAGUCAUGGAGUCAGAGGUCUGUACCGAGGCCUCAGCUCACUGCUCUACGGUUCCAUCCCCAAAGCAGCAGUCAGGUUUGGAAUGUUCGAGUUCCUUAGUAAUAAGAUGCGUGAUGAGAGCGGUAAACUGGACAGUAAGAGGGGCUUCUUCUGUGGUCUUGGAGCUGGAGUUGCAGAAGCUGUGGUUGUGGUCUGUCCUAUGGAGACAGUAAAGGUCAAAUUCAUCCACGAUCAGACAUCAGCAAACCCAAAAUACAAGGGCUUUUUUCAUGGGGUGAGAGAGAUCAUCAGAACACAAGGUCUGAAGGGGACUUAUCAGGGCCUCACAGCCACUGUACUGAAGCAGGGCUCCAACCAGGCCAUCCGCUUCUACGUCAUGACAUCUCUGAGGAACUGGUACAAAGGCGACGACCCCAACAAAUACAUUAACCCUGUGAUAACUGGACUGUUCGGAGCCGUGGCUGGUGCUGCCAGUGUGUUUGGAAACACACCCGUGGAUGUCAUCAAAACAAGAAUGCAGGGUCUUGAAGCUCACAAGUACAAAAGCACGUUGGACUGUGCUGUAAAGAUCAUGAAGCACGAGGGACCAGUGGCGUUCUACAAAGGUACUGUUCCUCGACUGGGUCGAGUGUGUAUGGAUGUCGCCAUCGUCUUCAUCAUCUACGAAGAAGUUGUGAAGGUUCUCAACGUAGUUUGGAAGACGGAGUGAAGAGAACAUCCUGGUGCUGCUCAAACAGAGGUGCCGGGUCGGGAAAUUUACACCAAUGAUUUUCCUGCACCACUGCUUUUAGGUUCUAACCUCUACCUCCAUGCGAAAGAAUGAAAGGGAUUUGAGGUGUCAGAUUUUAGAAAUGUAAGGCUUAUAUACAUGUGAAAAACAACUCCAGAACCCAGAGAUGAGACUGUUCAUUGAAACGUGAGAAUUUCCUUAAGAUCUCAGGGAACGACUGGGCCAUUAAUUUACAUCUCGACUCGACCAUAAAAAUGAAAACGGAGUGAAAUCAAAUGUGACAUGUAACCUGCCUACAGCUAAUGGAAUAUUUAUUUUAAUCACUUGAAGCAAAAGUCCUAACGCAACAAUUUGUAGCCCUCACGAAAGUAAGAUAUCUUUCUAUCACAUACUGCGACAGCUCAAGUACAUUAACAAACUCAAUGCCUUACGUUUUGGAAUGAUGGUAGAUGAAACGUCUUCAGUUUUCUUACUGUAUACAUACAUGACGAUACAGACUGUAAUGGUGACAGAUGUGGCUCACUUGAAAAAUUGCAGAUAUGCUUUAUUUACAUUGUUAACAGUUCUUACAGUAUGUAUGUGUUAUACAAGUCAUAUAGAGAUUAGAAUGACCAUCUGUUAAAUCUACUUAGAGAUCUUCUUUUUUUUAAAUUGACAAUUUUUUGGUUGUACACGCUGUACUGGUGCCAAAUGUCAAAAACCAGGCAGUAUCUUAUGCUCAGUGUGUUUGAGAUGUUCUGCGAGGGUGAAUGUUUAAUUCUUUGUAGCUUUUAGUCGUACGUUUGUCCACAGUGGCAAUGCCUUUAAUAUAUACAGGUGUGUGAUGGGGAAAUCCAUGAAUAGUGCCUUCACUUUUAAUCCUUAAAGGAGGGUAAGUAGCAAGAAAAAAAAGAACAUUUAGAAAAGAUUUUAUUAAUUUCGCUGACUUACUUGACAAACCAAUGUGUGAAGUGCGGCCCAGUCACACGGAGACAUAUUGUAGACUGGAGUCUGUAGUGCAAUGAAACUUUGUUUUUUACUCAUACAACUUCAUUCAGGACACUACGGUCUUGUAGGACCCUGUGUUUACUUUUAGCUUUUUUGGAAGAAUUACAUUCCAAAUAAUUUUGUCCUCCUCACUAAGUUUCCGUAUACACAGAUAUUUGAUGUUGUUUUCAUCAGAAAUCCACAUUAUAAUUCCAAAAUGUUACCUAGCUAAACCAAGUAUUGUGCCUUCAGUGUAAUAACAAUGUACACUUAACAAUAAACAUCAGUUCAGACCGUU